GAUCGAAGCCCGGGCGGAUUCCAGCCCAAAUCCCAUACAGCCUUAGUAGGUUAUGUCGCCAAUAUCGGUCCCAGAAUUUCCCGGCACUAGUUGUGCACGCUUGCGAUAGUGUAACGCUUAGGCGUGGUCUGGGGUGACAUCACCAAUAAGUAAGGUUGCACGGGACAGCAUUACAAUGGCAUCGUAUUGGAACUGUUGACCGCAAUGACCAACUACGGCAUUGGCUGUCUCAAGUUCCCGAAUACCGGUAGGUGUAACUCGCAGCACUUAGUAACCAUCCACCAGCGAGUGUCUGACAACUAUUUAAUAACCCUUACUUUACUGCCUGUGAUUAAAAUGGAAAUCACUUCAUCACCAAGUUCUCGGUGGGCCCUAUCAAAGCUUCUCAAGUUAAACUUAGAAGCACAUCACCUUGAAAACUGCAGUAGAGAAAGCAUGGCGUCUGCGCUUCACAUAGGGGAUAUUAGCAAAGCUAACAUAGUGCUCGGCACCAUUUCCCUUGUCAUCAGCUACUACUUCAGCCUAGCCAUCUACCGCAUCUUCUUCCACCCCCUAAAAUCCUUCCCAGGCCCUCUCCCUUGCCGCAUCUCGCUCAUCCCCCGCGCGUACUGGGCCGUCAGAGGUGAUCUAAUCUACCAUGUUACCGACCUCCACGCCAAGUACGGCCCCGUGGUACGCCUCUCACCCAAUGAGCUCGUCUUCUCGGAUCCCCAGGCAUGGAAGGACAUAUAUGGCCACCGAGCGCCAGGCCAGGAAGAGUUCCCCAAAUUUGACAGUUUCUAUCGCCCAGUUAAGAGUUUUCCUACAUCCAUCAUUACCGCAGACCGGUCAGAGCACGGCCAGGUCCGGCGCCAGCUCGCCCACGGGUUCAGCGAGCGUAGCAUGCGCGGCCAAGAGCCCAUCAUCGGGUCGUAUGUGGAUCUGCUCAUCUCGCAGCUGCGCACCAAUUCCAAAGGAGGUAGCAAGCCGGUAAACAUGCGCGAGUGGCUCAAUUGGGCCACAUUCGACAUCAUCGGCGACCUGGGCUUCGGCAGCUCCUUCGGCUGUCUGAACGACGGAAACUAUCACCCCUGGGUACACAUGAUCACGAACACCGUCAAGGAGAGCGCCUACCUGGGGGUGAUCUACGCUCUCGGUUUCAAACGGCUCACGCAGUGGAUAUCCAAGAGCGGUGCUAUGAAAGACCGUGACGCGCACCGCGAGCUCGUCCUCCAAAAGCUGAUGCAGCGCAUCGAACUGGGUGCCGAGCGGCCUGACCUCAUUGAAGGGUUGAUCAGGGACAAAGAAAAUUUCCACUUGCCCAUACCUAACCUUGUUACGAACGCAUCGACGCUCAUCAUCGCCGGCUCCGAGACGACGGCCACGCUGCUGUGUGGCGCUACUUUCUUCCUGACUAUGAACCCAGAUGUUCUUUAUAAGCUGGCUGACGAAGUACGUUCGAGUUUCAAAGACGAUACCGAGAUCACGUUGAGCUCGGUCGCCCGCCUGUCGUACAUGCUUGCGUGUCUUAACGAGUCAUUGCGCUGUUACCCGCCCGUCGCUGGCGGAUUGCCGAGGGCGUCACCCCGCGGGGGCGCUACUGUAUUAGGGAAGUUCGUGCCUGAGGGGACGGAGGUCAGGGUGUAUCAGUGGGCGAUCAACCACGAUCCGAACUUCUGGGCCGAUCCGUAUGGCUUCCAUCCCGGGAGGUGGGAGACCGAGGAGAAGGAGUUGCGGUUUGCGGGGGAUCAGCUGGAUGCGAUGCAGCCAUUUAGUUUGGGGCCGAGGAACUGCAUUGGGAAGAAUCUUGCGUACGCUGAAAUGCGUCUCAUUCUCGCCAAGAUCAUUUACAACUUCGACAUGCGCAUUGCGGACGAUAGUCGCAAGUGGCUUGAGAGGCAGAAGGUGUACACGCUUUGGGAUAAGCCGGCGUUGAAUGUUUAUUUGACGCCCGUCGCACGGUAGGUUUCUCGGGGGUUGGGAACCGCAAGGACAUAUGGUCCGGGAUGAUACAUUACUGAAAAAAGGUGUGGCUUCUUGUACGAUAAAUUAGCCGUUUCAGCCGCGGGUAGUGGUGGAGACUUAUGGAUUAUGUUUGAAAUUCAUUGGACUACACGAUCAAAGAAGAACAUUCUAAUGAUGUCCUAAGC